AUGGGAUUUAAAGCAGCAAUGCAGUUGGUUGAAGAAACUUAAAAGCAAAAAAGAGAAUAAAGGGAAGUUUUCAUCAUUAAGAACUGUAAUCUCUUAAAUUCUUUCUAACUAAAUUUAAGAGAAUUGCAAACAUCUAUUAAUAAAGAAUUAGACUCAUUUAUAAACAUAUCGAAAUUUUGGAUGGAAGAUUUGAAUAAAGUAAAGUCCGAUUAAGCUCCAUUAAACUUUCUGGAGGAAUUAGAUACAAUAAUGAAAUAGGGAAAAGAUAGCCUUUUAAAUAAGGAACUGGUAGUAGAAAAAAUUAAUGAAAUCAAUAAUUUAUGGAGUGCAAAAAUUAAUAGAUAAUUAGAAAAAUAUUGUCAAUUUGAAGAAGAUAUGUUAAGCAAUUUUAAAUGA